GGUAUUGCAAGCAGUUUCAUAUGACUCUGCAGAGAUAAGGCUACUCCAGGCUCCUCUCUGAAGAAGACGACGAAGAAGAAGUGUUUCAGCCGCAGAUUAAAAAACACAAAUGUCAACUUCCCCACCAACCUCUUGCGAUUGGAUGCUCCUGGUUGAACAGAAGAAUAUAAAUGUCCGGGUCACGACCAUGGAUGCGGAGCUGGAGUUCGCCAUCCUGCCCAGCACCACUGGCAAACAGCUUUUUGAUCAGAUUGUGAAGACCAUCGGACUGAGGGAAACGUGGUUCUUUGGCCUCCAGUAUCAUGACAGCAAAGGCUUCUCCACCUGGCUCAAGCUGAACAAGAGGGUGACCGCCCAGGACGUAAAGAGGGAUAACCCUUUGUUGAUCAAGUUCCGGGCCAAGUUCUACCCCGAGGACGUCGCCGACGAGCUGAUCCAGGAGGCGACGCAGCGCCUCUUCUUCCUGCAGGUUAAAGAAAGCAUCUUAAAUGAUGACAUUUAUUGUCCGCCUGAGACUGCAGUGCUCCUGGCCUCGUACGCCGUCCAGGUCAAACAUGGGGACUACAGGAAAGAUUACCACGUUCCAGGAUACCUCUCAAGAGAGAAGCUGCUGCCGCAGAGGGUUUUGGAGCAGCACAAGCUGAAUAAGAAUCAGUGGGAGGAAAGAAUCCAGGUGUGGCACCAGGAGCACAAGGGAGUGCUGAGGGAGGAUGCAAUGGUGGAGUAUCUGAAGAUAGCGCAGGAUCUGGAGAUGUAUGGGGUCAACUACUUCAGCAUCAAGAACAAGAAGGGGUCGGAGCUGUGGCUGGGGGUGGAUGCUCUGGGACUCAACAUCUACGACAAAAAGGACAGAAUGACCCCAAAGAUCGGUUUCCCCUGGAGUGAGAUCAGAAACAUCUCCUUCAAUGACAAGAAAUUCCUCAUCAAGCCGAUUGACAGGAAAGCUCCAGAUUUUGUUUUUUAUGUACCUCGGCUUCGCAUCAACAAACGCAUCCUGGCGCUGUGCAUGGGGAACCAUGACUUGUACAUGCGCAGACGCAAGCCCGACACUAUCGAGGUGCAGCAGAUGAAGGCCCAAGCCAGGGAGGAGAAGAACAAGAGGCAGAUGGAGAGGGCUCUGCUCGAGAGUGAGAAAAAAAAGCGAGAAAACGCCGAGAAGGAAACUGAGAAGAUUGCUCGUGAGACCAUGGAACUGAUGGAGAGAUUGAGACAGAUUGAAGAACAGACAAAGAGAGCUCAAGAUGAGCUGGAGGAGCAGACUCGCAAGGCGCUGGAGUUGGAAAAGGAGAGAACAAUUGCUCAGGAGGAGGCCGAGCGCCUGGAGAAGGACCGUAAAGCUGCAGUCGAGGCCAAAGCAGCCCUGCUACACCACUCUGAAAGCCAGAUUAAGAGCCAGGAAAACCUGGCCACUGAACUGGCGGAUCUCACCUCAAAGAUCUCCCAGCUGGAAGACGCCAAGAAGAAAAAGGACGAGGAGGCAAAGCGAUGGCAGAAAAGGGCGAUGAUGGUGGAGGCCGAUCUGGAGCGAACCAAAGACGAGCUGAAGACGAAACUCAUGGGGGUCCACAUCCAGGAUCCCGUCCACUCUCAUAUGCACGAGCACGACGAGACGGAUGAGAGCAGCGCCGAGGCGAGCGCCGAGCUGACUUCCCCGGGCAUGGUGCGAGAUCGAAGCGAGGAGGAACGAGUAACAGAGGCCCACAAGAACCAGAGGCUGCAGAAGAACCUCAAGUUCCUGAGCUUUGAGCUCUCUGAGGCUGUGGAUGAGAGCAAAAAGACCCCCAAUGACCUGAUCCAUGCCGAAAAUGUGAGGGCGGGCCGCGACAAAUACAAGACCCUGCGUCAGAUUCGUCAGGGCAACACUAAGCAGCGCAUUGAUGAGUUUGAAUCCAUGUGAGAAGGUGUGCUGCUGGCCCACCUCGCCCGAGAACAAGACGCUGAGAAAUUUUAGAAGUGUGGGAGAAGAUUACCACAUCAGUAGCUUUGUAAAUGAAAAAAAAAAAAGUAAUAGCAGCUCGAAUUUGACAACAAAUUAUAUUAUAUCUCCUUUUAUUAUUUGGUGAUUUUUAAUUCCAUUACGAUUGUAAACAAACAACUGUGGAAUUAUGACUAUCUGUCGAAAAACCAUUUAAGUUUCUGAACAAACACAACCAUUCCCAGCAGUGUUACAUAUACAAGACUACAGGUUAUCAUUGUUGUCAGUUAUAUUAAAAAAAAAAGUUGAAAGCUGUCCUUAUCAAUCUGAUUAUACACGACUGCAAUUUCACUUUUUUGUUUUGUAAUGUUGAUUAAUUGAAGCUCUGACAUUUAAGUAAAUGGGAAAUCCUGCAGUGCUUAUCUCCAAAAUAAAGAAGCCCAGUGUUGCGUGAGGUAUGUGCCAGUUAUCGAUGCAUUCCUGUCUGCCUG